CAAGUUCCCCCCGGCUGAAACCCUGCCUGAUUUGUGGGCAAUGUUGGGGAUGUAGAAAAAAAAAGGAAACCGGAGCAAAGAGAGCGCAAGAGAGAGAUAGGGAGACAACACUAACUGGGUAGCUAUGGAGAUAGUAGGUUUUCCUGGUAGCUUUCUUUGACAGGUGCCGAGUGGGAUAAAAUAAAGUAUCACAACAGCCUCCAAGAUGUACGGCAAGGGCAAAGGAGCUGUGGUCCCCUCCGAUAGCCAGGCGAGAGAAAAGUUAGCGUUAUAUGUGUACGAGUACCUGCUACAUGUGGGAGCCCAGAAGUCCGCACAGACCUUCCUGUCUGAGAUUCGAUGGGAAAAGAAUAUUACAUUAGGGGAGCCCCCUGGAUUCCUCCAUUCGUGGUGGUGCGUGUUCUGGGAUUUGUACUGUGCGGCUCCAGACCGGAGGGAGACGUGCGAGCACUCCAGUGAGGCCAAGGCCUUCCAUGACUAUAGCGCAGCAGCAGCACCCAGCCCAGUGAUGGGCAACAUGCCCCCCAACGACACCAUGCCCGGUGGUCCCAUGCCCCCAGGCUUCUUCCAGGGACCACCCGGCUCUCAGCAGUCCCCCCAUGCACAGCCCCCCCCACACAACCCCAGCAACCCAAUGAUGGGACCCCACGGCCAGCCUUUCAUGUCACCACGGUAUCCUGGUGGACCGCGCCCCUCACUCCGAAUGCCAAAUCAGCCUCCUGGGGGAAUCCCUGGCUCUCAACCUCUACUGCCAAAUAGCUUGGAUCCAACAAGACCACAAGGGCAUCCUAACAUGGGUGGACCAAUGAGGAUGAAUCCUCCUCGAGGAAUGGCCAUGGGCCCACAGAACUAUGGAGGCAUGAGGCCUCCUCCCAACUCCAUGGGUGGUCCGAUGCCAGGAAUGAACAUGGGUCCCGGAGGAAGAGGGCCUUGGCCGGGGCCUAAUGCUAAUUCUAUAGCAUACUCUUCCUCAUCCCCAGGAAACUAUGUGGGUCCACCAGGAGGAGGAGGUCCACCUGGAACUCCCAUCAUGCCCAGCCCAGGUGAUUCAACCAACUCGAGUGAAAACAUCUAUACGAUGAUGAAUCCUAUAGGACCCGGAGGCAACCGACCCAACUUCCCAAUGGGGCCUGGGCCUGACGGGCCAAUGGGAGGUAUGGGAGCCAUGGAGCCACACCACAUGAAUGGAUCACUAGGGUCUGGUGAUAUGGAUGGAUUGCCAAAGAGCUCUCCUAAUAACAUGGGGGGCAUGAACAACCCUCCUGGGACGCCGAGAGACGACGGUGAAAUGGGCGGCAACUUCUUGAAUCCAUUCCAAAGCGAAAGUUAUUCACCCAACAUGACGAUGAGUGUGUGAUUUCCCGUUUUUUUUUUUUUUUUUUUUUUUUUGUAUUGUUUUUUUUCCUCCUAUUUUUGUAUACCCCUGAUAUUAUUAAUUAUUAUUAUUAUUAUUAUUAUUUUUAUUUUUUUUUUUUCUUCAAAUCAAUCCUUCCCUCACCUCAACCGGACACACCCUCUGCCUGACACCCCACCCCAUACGGGAUCCGCUGUCUCCCCCCCUUUUACCCAUCCUUCUCACUCGGGACCUCUUGGGGCCACACAGCCUUCCGGGACCGCCCUUGAGCAUGCUGGGACUCAGAUUAAGACGGGCCCUCCUGGAGCAUGCAAGAUGGCCGCCAGUCUAAGUAGGAAGCAGUCACAGAGCAACAGGAAGAACCUCCUCUCUGACUCCGGCCCCAGCCUCCCUGGCUUCUUAUCGGGGUCUAGACAAUGAGCGAGGAAUGGAGGACAAACAGAGAGAGAGGGGAAAGGAGGGAGAGAGGAGACUGCUUUACACAGCCCUCCCGUUGGAAAUACUCUUUGGUCACUUAGCAGCUGCGUGGAAGCCUCUCAACAACGACUGUGGAUUUUUUUUUUUUAAUCUUUUUUCUUUUUUACUUUUCCCAACGGAUUCGGUAGAGGGUCAGCGGAAACGAGCCCUUUGCCCCAACAUUGUUCUCUGUGUGUGUGCGUGUACAUUUUAACAGAGGUGUCGUGAUGAUCAGUGAACACUUUUUCCAUUUAUUUUUUUCUGUAUGUAUUGUACCAUUUCUAUUUUUAUUAUUGUGUUAUUGUUAUUAAUGAUAUUGGUAUGAUCAUCUUAUGAAUAGGUUGUGAUUUCUGUUGUUUUAAGGGCACAUUAUCAAGAUGAAGACAGUGUAUGUGCACACCUAUCAGAAAUAAUUAGCUGUGUUACACAUGGCUCCGCGAGAGCACACUGCCACCUGCAGGUAUGAGUUCAUCCAUCAUGGUACUGAUCGGCCCCUUCUUUGCCUUUUGUCAAAGACAAUUUCCUUUAUAAGAUGGACAUUUUUUUUAGUUUAGUAACUCAUUUAAGGAAAAGCAGCUCCUGUUUUAGUAGCUUCCACGCAGUGAAAUGCACAGCUCUAUUUAUUUAUGUACUUCAGUUCGUCUUGCACGUCAUUGUCUCCCUGUUUCUGUUAACUGCAGGACUAGUAGCAGCUGUGUAACACGCAGAGCCCAUUAGCGACGUAUCUUUACUUGUGUCUGACAUCGUGUGAUCCGUCUAUCUGAGUCCUAAAGGUGCUGAAGUUAACACAAGUGUCGACCGUUUGGACCCCACUCAUGCUGCUUCCACUAAUACUGCCCACUUAGGUCACUUUCCACUCCAACGUGUCUGUAGGCUGCAUUCAUUGUCCUUCUACUGACCUGUAGUCAACACUUGGAUUGUACGUGUUUUAUUUUUUUUUUGUCCUCAACACACUGUGAUGCAUGUUUGUGCUUUAAGGCAGUCCAGCUUGCAGAACGUUUGUUUCCUUACAUGCGAUGCCCCGCCUUUAGUGCUCCUGGUGAACGGGUUUGGUUCUUUUGGUUGUGCAGGACGGAAAGCCGAGGCGUUGCUCUGUAGACUGUUUAAACGAGGUGACCUCCCUCCCGUUGCUCAUCUUUAAGACAAACCCCUCCGUCCUUCCCCCUCCCUCGCUUCCCCAGUGGGCCAGCAUCAGCACUCGGUCACACACCAUCCCACUCUGUUACGAUGGCUUUGUUUUUGUUUUUACAACUCUCCAUGGUUUGAUUUAAUUUUGUUGUAAAUAAUGUAAAAUGCAUUUUGAUAUCAUUGACAUGUUUUGAUAUUUCAAAUCACAGCUUAACAGUGGAUCAGAAACGUGCUGAUUCGGGCAACUGUGUGUAUUUGUUCUGAGACGUGAUGUCUGAACUCAGAAAUAAUAUGAAUGGUGAGAUACAGAAACUGGAGCUGCUAUAGACUAUUAUGCUAUUUCACCUCAUCACCGACAAAACGCGGGGCUUUACUGUGCACCAGAGCUGUAGCAUUAAGGGGUCUAACAUAACGAGGGAGGGUGGAAACUCCGUCACACACAUUUCCCUAAACUCUUUAAAUAGAAUAUGGUCGCACCAAAUCUUCCCCUCUAUGGCUCCGUUCUUGGAAAGCGUUGGUUUACGGUGACGAUAAGUCAACGUGAAAAGGAGCCUGUUUUUAAUUCCUAAUAUUUUCAAAAUAAACCUCGCCAUCCCUUCUGUAUCUGCCUAUGACACACUGCAUUUCUUCACCCUCACACACCCCUGACACAGCGGAAACUGAAGCGUGACACACCCGACGCUCGCUCUCAGUCCAACAUACCUACAGGGAUCAGAGUACAGACUUUAUUAUGAAGGAUUUUUUUUUACCUAUUUAAAAGGGGGUGGGAGACGUGAUCAGAACAUUAAAGAGGAAAAAAAAGAUUUGACAGAUUUGUUGCUGAAGAGUUACAGAGAGCAGGAACCAGCGUUUCUGCCCAUGUUUGAAAUACUGUUGUACAAAAUGCAGUUGAACUUCUCUCUAUCUUUGUCCUGUAAGUAAAGCCGUCACAACAUUGAUCAUUUCUGUAUUUCUAUUGUGCUGAUGUAUAAUACUGUAACAUUCAGGGGUCGGGAGGGUUACGAGGAAUCUUUGGGGGCGGGAGUAAAGAUUUUUCUGUUCAGUUCCUCAUGUUUCCUCUUGAUGACAAAGCAGUAUUGAAUAUGAGGCAGUCGGUCCUUGGGGAAUUGCUUUGUAUCUCAUGUUAGGGUAGUUUCAAAUCCUAAAUGUCUCGUGUAGUAUAAUAAGAGGUUCUUUCUUCGUACGUUUCUUUAUAUUGUAAAGUUUCUUUAGACAAAAAAAUGUUGCUUAUUGGAAAAAAGGUGGGAAAACUGCAUUGAUAAUAAAUGUAUUUUUUUUUUGUUUUGUUUAAUUUUCAUCAAGUUGUCAGUCGUUUUUGCUUGUGUCCCCCUUGUUGUAGAAACAUAUUAAAAACAAAUAAAAUAACUUCACUCCUUUUGCCAUGAA